UUAAAGGCGGGGCCGGCGCUGCUGGGAGCACAGACUGACUAGGGCGACCAUCACCUGCUCAGACCCUCAUUCCCUAGAAGAGCCUGCAGGGGUCCCAGCCAUGCUCCAGGCUGCAGGCUCCUUGGUGGCCGCCUUCUGGGCAGAGCUCCAUCCCAGGACUCUGCUGCUGGCUGCUGUCACUUUCCUGUUCCUUAUUGAUUUCCUCAAAAGGCGGCGCCCAAAGAACUACCCUCCAGGGCCUUGGCGCCUGCCCUUCCUGGGAAACAUGUUCCAGGUGGAUUUAGAGCAGCCACACAUUGCCAUUCAGCAGCUUGUGAAGAAAUAUGGGAACGUUGUGAGCAUGGAUUUGGGUACCAUGCCUUCAGUGGUUAUAAGUGGACUGUCCUUAAUCAAAGAAACCUUCACUCACUUGGACCAGAACUUCCUGAACCGCCCUGUCACCUUUAGCCGGGAGCAUGUCUUUAGUAAAAAUGGACUGAUCUUCUCCAAUGGCCAGACGUGGAAGGAACAAAGAAGGUUCGCCCUGAUGACACUGAAGAACUUUGGGUUAGGAAAGAAGAGCUUAGAGCAGCGCAUUCAGGAGGAGGCCCACUAUCUUGUGGAGGCCAUAGAAGAGGAGAAAGGACAGCCUUUUGACCCCCACUUCAAGAUCAACAAUGCAGUUUCCAAUAUCAUUUGCUCUGUCACCUUUGGGGAGCGCUUUGAUUACCAGGACAGUCGGUUUCAGGAGCUGCUGCGGUUACUGGAUGAAGCCUUAGGUUUGGAAUCAUCUGUGCUAAGCCAGCUCUAUAAUGUCUUUCCAUCAAUAAUGAAAUAUGUUCCUGGACCACAUCACAGAAUAUUCAGGAACUGGGAAAAACUGAAAUUGUUUGUUUCUCAUAUGAUCGACAAUCACCGGAAAGACUGGAAUCCUGAUGAGCCAAGGGACUUCAUUGACGCUUUCCUCAAAGAAAUGACAAAGUACUCAGACAAGACUACUACAAGCUUCAAUGAAGAAAACCUCAUCUGCAGCACACUGGACCUCUUCUUUGCUGGAACAGAGACAACAUCGACGACACUGCGCUGGGCUCUGCUCUACAUGGCCCUCUACCCAGAAGUCCAAGAAAAGGUACAGACUGAAAUUGACAGCGUGAUUGGUCAGGAGAGACAGCCCAGCCUGGCUGACCGAGAGUCCAUGCCCUACACCAAUGCUGUCGUCCACGAGGUGCUGAGAAUGGGCAACAUCAUCCCCCUGAAUGCUCCCAGAGCCGUGGCGGUUGACACCACAUUGUCUGGAUACCACCUGCCAAAGGGGACCAUAGUCAUGAUCAACUUGACUGGACUGCACAGGGACCCUAAAGAGUGGGCCACCCCGGAUACCUUCAAUCCAGAGCAUUUUUUGGAGAAUGGACAGUUUAAGAAGAGAGAAUCUUUUCUGCCAUUCUCAAUGGGAAAGCGAGCUUGCCUUGGAGAACAGUUGGCCAGGUCUGAGCUGUUCAUUUUCUUCACUGCCCUUGUGCAAAAAUUUACCUUCAAGCCUCCUGUCAAUGAGAAGUUGAGCCUGAAGUUCAGAAUGGCCAUCACCCUCGCCCCAGCCAGCCACCGCAUCUGCGCUGUCCCUAGGCUGUGAUGGUGGAGAAGAGAAAGGACAGCAAGAAGAAAUGACACAUGCUCUGAAACCAUGGUGCCCGCUCACAUGUGACAGAAUGAGAAUGAGAAUGACUGGGGAAAGACGCACGAAAUUAGACCAAGAAAUCAAGUCAAAUUCGUGGACUGCUGUGGCCUCCACGUUGGUGCUGGGAAAAUCAUUUAUGUGGUCAUUGAUACAUCUUUUCACCUGAAAAUUGCAAAGAGAAUGAUGAUUCCUCCCUGAAUGAACGUACUUGUAAUGAUCAUAGAAAUCAGUGGAUUUGAAGUGACGUA